AUGGCAGCUGUCAAAGGUCCUGUGGAUUACACUCCUCCAGAAGGGGGAUGGGGUUGGGCAGUGGUGGCUGGUGCCUUCAUCUCUAUCGGUUUUGCCUUUGCCUUCCCAAAGUGCAUCACUGUGUUCUACAGAGACAUCGAAGUGAUUUUCAGUGCUAGCACAAGCCAAGUCUCAUUGAUCUCAUCCAUCAAUGCAUCCUUUAUAUAUGCAGGAGGUCCAAUUAGCAGCAUCCUGGUGAAUAAGUAUGGCAGUCGUCCGGUAAUGAUACUGGGGGGUUGCCUCUCAGGAACUGGACUCAUAGCUGCAUCUUUCUGCAACACAGUGGAGGCUUUGUAUCUCUUUGUAGGUGUGAUAGGAGGUCUGGGACUGGCAUUCAAUCUCAAUCCAUCCCUGAUAAUGAUUAGCAAAUAUUUUUACAAAAGAAGGCCAUUUGCUAAUGGAAUUGCCAUGGCUGGUUCUCCAGUAAUUCUACUCACAUUAGCUCCUCUGAACAGUUGGUUUUAUAACCAGUUUGGUUGGAGGGGUAGCUUCCUAAUCCUGGGUGGGAUUCUGCUCAACUGUUGCGUAGCUGGAUCUCUCAUGAGGCCGAUUGGGCCAAAGCCCAAACCUGCUGUGAAAGAGGUUGGUAGUGAUGAAGAAAAGAAAACAGUGAUGGAGACUAUCAACAGUUUAAUUGAUUUGUCUCUUUUCAAACACCGUGGAUUCCUCCUGUACCUCAUAGGCAAUAUUGUGCUGUUCUGUGGUUUUUUUACUCCUCUGGUAUUCCUCAGUAAUUAUGCCAAGACAAAGAAUAUUUCAAAUGAGAAGGCCGCAUCACUGCUUUCAGUGCUGGCCUUUGUGGACAUGGUGGUGCGGCCAUCAAUGGGAACAGUGGCCAACACCAAAUGGGUGCGACUCAGGAUACAGUAUUUCUUUGCAGCUUCAGUUCUGUUUAAUGGUGUAUGCCAUUUGCUUGCCCCCCUUGCCCUGGAUUUUUUAGGGUUUGUGAUCUAUUCAGCAUUCUUUGGGUUUGGGUUUGGGUGGCUGAGUUCUGUGCUGUUUGAGACCCUGAUGGAUUUGGUGGGAGCCCAGCGCUUUUCCAGUGCUGUGGGCCUGGUCACCAUCUUGGAGAGUGUGCCAGUGUUACUUGCCCCACCCUUGCUAGGAAUGUUUAAUGGCAUCUACCAUGACUACAAAUACACUUACAUAAGUUGUGGAAUACUCCUGUUGGUUGCAAGCAUGUUCCUCUUCAUUGGCAUGGGCAUUAACUAUAGGCUGCUGGAAAAUGAAGCAAAGGAGGAAUCUAGAAAAUCACAGAAGAAAGGAAAAGAGGAAGAAUCCACUACCGACAUUGCAAACAAGGAUAGUAGCAAUGAGACAACAGUAAUGAUAGAAUGCAGCACAGUGACCACCUAA